AUGGAUUCUUUCGGAGCUCAACAAGGAGGCGGUGGCGGCGGUGGUGGACGUGGAUGCUUCACCUGCGGAAACGAAGGUCACCAAGCCCGUGAAUGCCCAAGCCGUGGACCAGCCAAGUGCUACAACUGCGACAACCCAGGUCAUUUGAGCCGUGAUUGCCCAGAGGGACCAAAGGAGAAGGUCUGCUACAGAUGCGGUACUUCCGGACACAUCUCCAAGGACUGCUCCAACCCACCAACUGAGGGUGCUGGCCGUGGUGGCGGAUUCGGUGGUGGAUUCGCAGGUGGUGCUGGUGGUGGUGGUGGUGGACAACAGUGCUACAAGUGCUCCAAGAUCGGUCACAUCGCCCGUAACUGCCCAGAAGCUGGUGCAUAUGGUGGUCAACAAGGUGGCAACCAAGGUUACGGUGGUCAACAAGGUGGUAACCAAGGUGGUUACGGUGGUGGAUUCGGUGGUGGUGCCCGUCAAGGAAGCCAAACCUGUUUCUCAUGUGGUGGUUACGGACAUCUUUCCCGUGAUUGCACCCAAGGUCAAAAGUGCUACAACUGUGGUGAAGUCGGUCACUUGUCCCGUGACUGCAGCCAAGAGACCUCCGAGGCCCGUAGAUGUUACGAGUGCAAGCAAGAGGGUCACGAGAAGCUCGAUUGCCCUUUGAGAAAGAAGGCUUUCGGCCAAGAAUAA